CUUCUGUAACAUCUACUCUUACACCACUGUACGAAAUCGAUUUCGGAUAUCCAAAGUUGAAGCUUGUUGGCUUCUCAAGUCUGCUCAUGGUCGAAGCAGGUCUCGGCCUUCACCUAAGCCCUUAGCUGGGAACGAAGGCUUCAACUCCCACCACGAAAGGACAAUGGUGUCUCUGAUCUUGAUCAGACCUGUCGCCAAGAAUCUCCACCUAUUUCGCCCCAGUUCCUAUGGACUCAAGCUCUACAACACAAAAACAUCUAAACCCCUCAGAAUCUUAUUCUGUGGUUCGGAUGAAUUCAGUAUUGCAUCCCUACGAGCCAUCCACGCUGAGCAUAAGCGAGACCCAGAUCUAAUCAAAUCCAUUGAUGUCCUCUGUCGACCUGGAAAGCCCGUAGGCAGGUCUUUGAAGCAGAUCCGAGAAGUGCCGAUCAAGGCUGUUGCUCAGGACUUAGGACUCCCUCUACACGAGAGAGACACAUUUACUGGCUGGGACCUGCCGAAACCAAAUGAUGAGUCGAUCAAUCUCAUCAUAGCUGUCUCAUUUGGGCUCUUCGUACCUCGACGAAUCCUGAAAGCUGCCGAGUAUGGGGGACUAAAUGUGCACCCAUCUCUCUUGCCAAACUACCGAGGGCCUGCACCUUUGCAGCAUAUGAUUAUGAGAAGAGAAAAGACAGGUGGGGUUACUCUCCAGACUCUCGACGAUGAAUCCUUCGACCACGGCAAAAUUCUAGCUCAAGAAGUGUUUCCUCUUGAGCAAACAGCCAUGACAUAUCAAAAGCUUCUCGAAAUAGUCAUGCCAAAAGCAGCUGAUAUACUUGUCAGUGGCUUGCAGAACCGCUUAUUUGUGCCACCCCUUGUUGAAGAUACAAAAUGGCAACACAUGGUUCCUCAAAAGCUGGUUCACGCCGCUAAAAUCACGCCGAUAGACAGGAAAGUCUACUGGCAUACAAAAGACGCAGCUAAGGACAUACCUAAGCGUCAAAAUGCCCUCGGUCGUCUAUGGACCACUGUCCUCGUCGAUCUAGAAACUCCGAAGCGACUGAUACUCGAAGACAGCGAGACAGUCAAAUCCCCAGAUUUGUUCAGACGUGUACAACCACUCGAAACUCUCUGGGAAUAUCGAGACCGCAUAUCAAGAGCAAUGGGCCGCUUUGUCCACUUCUUUGUGGAAGGUCCAUAUAUCCCUCUGCCGAUAUUUUAUGUUGAGGAUGGGUCUGCAGUCAUUUUCCGAACACCAACCCAAGGGGUUAGGGUCAAACGUAUCACGUUAGAAGGGAAAGAGAAAAAAGAUGCAGCCGAGGUGAUGCGGAGCAUUCGACGAGAUAACCCAUGGGAAUUGGUACGGAUUCCGCAACUGGAACGGCCCGCGGCUUUCAGAUGGGCGGUUGUGCCUAAAGCUCAUGCAACGAAAGAGGUGGCUACGACGUCAGAAGCAGCUGGAAAUAGCGGAUCUGUUAUGGAAACAGUAGCAUGGCACCCGGCCGAGAUUCAAUGAAUUGAGGAUGAGCCUCAUGGGGAAGACGAAUAGCAUGUAAUAUAGUCUUUCUUGAGCUCUAAUUCGUUUCCUCUCUCGUGGGAUGCAUUUUGGUCUGGCCAUGCCAUCCAGGAGAGUGGGUAUUCUACAUCGAACAACGAAUAGUAAUCUACCGCCAUACAUGUACAAGACAAUUCAGGCCGAUGUUUUAUGCGGCUACGACGUUAGGUUACCGAAUCCUCACUCUGUUUAGGUGCUUUUCGCCUUUACCUUCUUCUUAGUUUAUCUAUAUCCUCUCAUAGUCCUUGCAAGUCGGCGCUUCAAUAUCAAGGUCUGACUAUUCGAAUACUCAACAGUGUUAACAACAAACACUUGAUAGUGCGGAAUAGGUGGACGCAGUCUACGCUCUAGCAGAAAGACUCCUCUCAUCAGACAGCUCAUAACGGGAAAGGACAACGUGUGAGAUUCUUACUAUCAUUUUCGCUAUUUUGGUUGGGCCGAAAUUGGAUGUGAAUGUAGCCUCUCUGAGAAGCGAAGGGGGCAUCGGAUAGAGGCCGAGAUGUGUCAUGUUGUCCUAAAUAGAGAGCAUUGGAGUGUAUUUCCCGAUAUUAGUAGCAAGAGCAUUCGAUACCAUAAUAUGCACAUAGUCUUAAGAAGCUAGGAUGAAUGAACCAGGGGAUCAUGCCAGGAUUCACUUCUCAAGAAAC